UCAAACCUUCAGGAACCAUCUCCUUCAACAAGAAGAAGCAAAAACACCAGAGACGUCCAUCUUUAAGCAGAAGAAUGGGGUCCUCGGCGAUUCAUGUGGUGUGCGUGGCGCUCGGGGUCGUCGGGCUCGUCGGGGUCAUCGUCUGCUGCACCGUCCCGCUCUGGAAGGUGUCGUCCUACGUUGGAAGCAACAUUCUCACCGCUCAGAACCAGCAGGAGGGCCUCUGGACUGAGUGCGUGGUGCAGAGCACCGGGCAGCAGCAGUGCAAGAACUACGACUCCCUGCUGGUUCUGGCCAACGAAAUCCAGGCCUCGCGGGCCAUGACCAUCAUCAGCUGCAUGCUGUGCAGCCUCAGCCUCCUCGUCCUGUUCUGCGGGGCCGACUUCACCACCUGCGUGCAGAACGAAGACAUCAAGCCCAAGAUCAGCCUGGUGGCCGGAGUGGGCCUGCUGCUGGCCGGGCUCCUGGUCAUCAUCCCCGUCAGCUGGUCGGCCCACAUCACGGUGAGGAACUUCAACGACCCCCUGGUACCGGCUUCGCAGAAGAGAGAGAUGGGAGCGUGCAUCUACAUCGGCUGGGCCUCCGGCGUGCUGCUGCUUCUGUCAGGAGGUCUGAUCUGCUGCUUCAGCAGACCCAAAUCGGGAAGCUCAGGAGGAACCGCCAAGUACUACAGCAACAGCGCCUCGGCGCCAAACACCAACUACGUGUAGAAGCUCUCAGAACCGGACUGGUGUUUGACGGAAAGGAGGGGGGCCGAGAUACGUGACGACUCGCACCAGUUGUUGAUUAAACCAAAAAUACCUGUAAAUAUUUAAUACAGAUUAUAACUGGUUAUUUUCCUGCUUUCAUUUUGGGUGUUGGGGCUUAAGCUAGCUGUUUGUCGUGCGCACCAGAAGUGUCUGAGGCACAUUAAAUCAUCAAGCUCAACAGAAUACGAAUUCUUGGUUUACAAACUGAAAUGAGUUGUAAUUUAGCUAUUUUUUGAUUUGACAAUAAAGAUAUUGUAGCUGUGCUUGCCUGACGUUAUCGUUACUCAUUUAGCAGGUUUUUAAGAAGUUAGGUGUACAGAAUAUUCUUCUCGUGUCGCUCUCUACUGCAGAGGGCUUCAAUCAGUCCACAAUAUAUAUCUUUAAAUUACAUUUUUUUAGGUUUCCACCUCUCCGUCAGUUUCUCUCUACAGAGAAAAGAGGAGAGAAACUGUGGGCCAGAUGUGGAAAUUACCGUAAAUGCUAGAAAAGCUGUGUUGCGAAAAACGAGUUAUUAUAAUGCCAAAUAAGUCGUGUUGCCAAUUACGAAUUAAGAAAAUGGCAGAAAAGUUGCGGAAGAUGAUUUACGGUAAACACGAGAAAGCCGCACCGCCUUCUAGAACGAGUUAACGUAAAAGAGCGGAAAGCUGCAACGUCACAAACUAAAUACGUUAAAUGUGGGAGCAGCUACGGUGCCUAUAGAACGAACCGUCGUAAAGUUGCGCAAAAUCAGUUGUAAAAGCUCGAAAAGUUGCGCCACUAAAAAUGGAUUACUGUAAAACAUGGAAGAGAUGUGCAGCUUUAAUGAACACAGUAACAAGAAAAGAAGAGAGUAUUUACCGUGCUCAUUAGAAACAUGCCAAAAUACUUUACUUUUUAAUUACUAAAGUCCCUUCAGGAGCUCCGUAGCCGUUUGGUUUACUGCAUUUACAACAUGAAACUUCAGCUAUAAAAUUAACUUUUUAUUAUUUUUGACCUCAUAGUGGACUUUAAAAGGACAUCAUCAUUCAGAAACAUGAAAAAUGUGUUUAUAGACAGAAAAAUGACACGACGGUGAGCUUUAAAUACAAUAAUUAAAGAAAAAAGAACCAUAAUGUUUUGUUUUGCAGUUAGUUAAUAUUUUGAAUCAUUUCUCUGAUCUUGAUUUGUCUUUAUUAAACUUGUUAUUGUGUUUAAAUAAUCUUAAACCAAAUGUAUUUCAGCGAAUCCCUCUCUCAGAAUA